AUGGAAAAGACACCCAUCACCACGAACGGGUCCUCUGACGCAAGCCAGUCGCGAUUAGUACACGCAGGGGCGUCUGUCACUCCUCCCUCCAACACUCCUACCACCACCGCCGAACCCCAGCCGCGCUCCAAGGAAUCCUCGGCCACCACAUCCUUAACACCAUCGCCGUACAACUCCCGCGACACUUCGCCCUCAAGACAGUCCUCAAAGCCCACGAUUGCACCUAAGCCGUCCUCUACCCCCGGGCUGAGGUCGCGCAAGAGCAGUCAGCAGGACUUGACCGCAGUCCGGACGGCCAGGUCCAGCAGCAGCAUACCAGGCCCGCCGACAUCUUCAAGGGUUCUUUCCGCAGCCACCACUCCUACCCUCCUUCCAAACUCGCAAGAAUCCUUUCUUAAAUCCAUCAACCCCCAAAAGGCGCCUCUCAACAUCGAGGUGGCCCAGACGAGAGAUAGUCCUCGCUGGCCGGUGUCACCUCGCUUGCGCUCGCCUCCUCCGCAGCUUAACAAGCCUCAAAACCCGCCCGCGCCACGCCGGGGCGAGGAAGAGACGCCGAGAAUCAACCUCACGAGAGCCUCUCCUUCUCCUCAACCAGAUCCCCUCCCUUCCAUGUCCGAGAGCGAGACGGACGAUUCGCAAGUCGCCUCUGGUGUGAGAACACCGGUUACUGUAAACGGAUCGGCUUUAGAAACAGUGCAGGAAGUCAGCUUGCCGAACUCACCAGGACAGAUGGACUCCACGUUGGAAAAGGUCAACGAGAAGUUGGCCCAAGAGGCAGCUGCUAGCGCCGACAACCUCACCCAAACAUACAACAACCGGACAGUUCGGCUCAGCAGAGGCUCCCUUCAAGCUACCGAGACGGGCGAUAACGCAACGCUCAGAGUGCGAUCCCAGAGCUCUGCACCGGUAGCAACUGUGACGCGGCAGUCCAGCGUGCUGUCGAACAAGCAGGGGAAAAGCAAGGCGACGGGAGAAGGAUCCUCCCUCAUCGUCGAGACGGAAACAGUGUCCUCCAUUCCCCAGGUGGCACUGGCGCCCGCUUCUAAGUUAGAAGCUGGGACCGGCACACUCAAGGCAAAGCCUAGCACCGAGACAAUUCGACCCAAGAAGGACAAAAAGAAGACCAGCCGGAAGCAACCGACUGUCAACUCUGGCAAUGCUUCCUCUAAAGCAGACAUUUUUGAGGCCAAAGUGGCUAGCGCAGUUGAUGAGGCCAACACCUCGGACUCGGAGGAGACUUUCGUUUAUGAUUCCAACCCCCCUGAUGUAGGGGAUAGGCGCCGGUUCCAUUCCCGAACCCCAAGUGCCACUUCAAUGAUAAGCCAGGCGGACAGGCCCGGUGGCAUGGGCAUGCGCUCGAUCCACGAAGCUUUGCAGGGCGGCGGUGCCGCAGCGGUCGGCCUGAAGAAGAGCAUGAAAUUCGUCAAUACUUUCAACAGCAACGGAGCUGAGACCCUGGGCGUCGAUGAAGAUGGCAAGGGCAGCGGCAGAAGCGUUGGACCUGGCUCGGGCCGAGGCACCACCAGGCACCAUCACCACAAUCAUUUUGGACGGUGGGGACGACAGCCUGGUAGCUCACAUCCCUCUCUCUUCGAUAACGAGUCGCUGUUCCCCAACGCUGCACGAUCGAAACUGUCGGGAAACACCUCAAGGCAGUCGUCCGGCCCUCCUAGUCCUAGGGUUGCCAGUUCUGCCAGAGGUGGCUCGCAUGCUCUCGGAAAGCGAUCUUCGAUACAGAUGGCUCGUUACGACGCAGCCGAUGACACCACAACUACUGGGGCAGACGACGAGCGUACUCCGCUGAUAUCAUCCACCGUUCGGUCUGCGCGAAGAAGCCGGCGUCAACCCACCAACAUGCGGAACCUCGAAUCGCAGGCAUACAGGCAACAACCGUCUUAUUUGAACCGGUUUGCCGCCUGUUUAGUGGUGACAAUGAUGCUACUCCUCGUCAUUACCGGCGCUAUUGGCUUUAUGUUCGCCACGUCACAACCGCUCACGGACAUUCAGCUGGUUUCUAUCAAGAACGUCCUAUCUAGCGAUCCGGAACUCAUGUUUGAUUUGACGGUGAAAGCUCACAACCCUAACAUCGUAGUGGUGUCGAUCGAUCAGGCGAAUCUUGAAAUAUUCGCCAAGUCACCUCACGCCGGAACGGACUUUGACUGGUGGAAGCGGCCACAUGACGGGAAGGAAAUAGAUUCCGAGGACCCAGAUAUGCAUGUCCGGGAUGAUCCUCCCGACGACCCGCCAGACGAUGAUGCUGCGCCAAACAUGCGCCUGGGUACCAUCACCGAGUUUGACAGCCCAUUAUCUUUUGAAGGAUCCUUCUUUAAUAAGGGUGUUUCAGCAUCGACAGGCACCAUGAGGCUCCAUCUCCCAGGUAACCAUUCUGCUGGGGGCUCCGAGCGCUGGGGCCGGAUUAUUCAGGAUGAGUUCGAUUUGAUCAUCAAAGGUGUCGUUCGCUACUCCCUACCUUUGAGCCAGCGGGUACGAAGUGCACCGAUAUCUGGAAGAACGACAGUCAAGCCCAAUUCUGCCAACGAUCCAUCCCUUCGACCAAACACAACCUUGCCCGGUGAGGUACCGGGUCUUGAACCGUAG